AUGUCGAAACAAAUUGCCUCAUGGACAUUCAAUGUCAUAGCGGCAGUAUCGUGGCUAUGGUCGAGGUCAAUGGCGAAUCAAAGGAACCCACGGUUCCCGUGUGGUCAUGAAUCUUCAUCCAUUGUAUCCCAUCUUGCUCCGAUAUGGUCUUUUGUUCUCGGUUUCGGCCCCAGGUUGCGGCAUCCUGUUUCUUUAAAACGAUCAAGGUUCGAAAGGGUGGUGUCUGAAUUUGGGCCGAAAAGACUUGAGCAUCGUUGUAUCGCUGAUCCCUUUCUUGUCGCCGAUUCUCCAUGGUGCUUGACCGCUGCAGUUGACUCCGUCAUCUCCUCAUGUCGUCUCUUGGGCUUGCCGUGCGCUUCGGUACCUGCUGCGUACCCCACCAGCCACCAAGUUGAAGUCUGGCAAGAACGGGAUUCUAUGUCGACCCAUCAACAUGCCCGCAUCAUGUCGAAGUCCCAUUUCCACGCUCAAUGUGGUGGGUGUGUAACUUUGACUUUGGAAAUUGUCUUCCCCGUAAUGAAAGUCGAGGUGGUCGAUUGGUGGUUUCUCUUUCACUUCUCAGGUGUGUGCUGGGUUUUUGCGUUGUCCUCAUCCCUCCACAUGGGCCAGGCAUUGGUGUUGGUCAACGAGGUACCUGGGCUGGUCACCCGCAUCACUCUGCUGGGUACACGGCCAUGGGGAAUUGGGUGGCCCACGCGACGCCAUGUGCCUGCUAGACCUUAUCAAUUUGCCUGGCAAUCCUCCGAGCUGUGA